GGCAAAUGCAAAGCAGGAGGGCAGGGAGGCUGAAAUUACAGAGGCAGUGAUUGGAGCACAAGGAGGAAGGAAGUGCAGAAUUACAGAGGCAGUGAUUGGAGCAGAAGGAAGUGCAGAAUUACAGAGGCAGUGAUUGGAGCAGAAGGAGGAAGGAAGUGCAGAAUUACAGAGGCAGUGAUUGGAGCAGGAGGAGAAAGGAAGUGCAGAAUUACAGAGGCAGUGAUUGGAGCAUGAGGAGGAAGGAAGUUGAGAAUUACAGAGGCAGUGAUUGGAGCAGAAGGAGGAAGGAAGUGCAGAAUUACAGAGGCAGUGAUUGGAGCAGAAGGAAGUGCAGAAUUACAGAGGCAGUGAUUGGAGCAGAAGGAAGUGCAGAAUUACAGAGGCAGUGAUUGGAGCAGAAGGAGGAAGGAAGUGCAGAAUUACAGAGGCAGUGAUUGGAGCAGGAGGAGAAAGGAAGUGCAGAAUUACAGAGGCAGUGAUUGGAGCAGAAGGAAGUGCAGAAUUACAGAGGCAGUGAUUGGAGCAGAAGGAGGAAGGAAGUGCAGAAUUACAGAGGCAGUGAUUGGAGCAGAAGGAGGAAGGAAGUGCAGAAUUACAGAGGCAGUGAUUGGAGCAGAAGGAGGAAGGAAGUGCAGAAUUACAGAGGCAGUGAUUGGAGCAGAAGGAGGAAGGAAGUGCAGAAUUACAGAGGCAGUGAUUGGAGCAGAAGGAAGAAGGAAGUUGAGAAUUACAGAGGCAGUGAUUGGAGCAUGAGGAGGAAGGAAGUUGAGAAUUACAGAGGCAGUGAUUGGAGCAGAAGGAGGAAGGAAGUGCAGAAUUACAGAGGCAGUGAUUGGAGCAGAAGGAGGAAGGAAGUGCAGAAUUACAGAGGCAGUGAUUGGAGCAGAAGGAAGAAGGAAGUUGAGAAUUACAGAGGCAGUGGUUGGAGCAGAAGGAGGAAGGAAGUUGAGAAUUACAGAGGCAGUGAUUGGAGCAGGAGGAGAAAGGAAGUGCAGAAUUACAGAGGCAGUGAUUGGAGCAGGAGGAGGAAAGAAGUACAGAAUUACAGAGGCAGUGAUUGGAGCAGAAGGAGGAAGGAAGUUGAGAAUUACAGAGGCAGUGAUUGGAGCAGAAGGAGGAAGGAAGUUGAGAAUUACAGAGGCAGUGAUUGGAGCAUGAGGAGGAAGGAAGUUGAGAAUUACAGAGGCAGUGAUUGGAGCAGAAGGAGGAAGGAAGUGCAGAAUUACAGAGGCAGUGAUUGGAGCAGAAGGAGGAAGGAAGUGCAGAAUUACAGAGGCAGUAAUUGGAGCAGGAGGAGGAAAGAAGUGCAGUAUUACAGAGGCAGUGGUUGGAGCAGAAGGAGGAAGGAAGUUGAGAAUUACAGAGGCAGUGAUUGGAGCAGAAGGAGGAAGGAAGUUGAGAAUUACAGAGGCAGUAAUUGGAGCAUGAGGAGGAAGGAAGUUGAGAAUUACAGAGGCAGUGAUUGGAGCAGAAGGAGGAAGGAAGUGCAGAAUUACAGAGGCAGUGAUUGGAGCAUGAGGAGGAAGGAAGUUGAGAAUUACAGAGGCAGUGAUUGGAGCAGAAGGAGGAAGGAAGUGCAGAAUUACAGAGGCAGUGAUUGGAGCAGAAGGAGGAAGGAAGUUGAGAAUUACAGAGGCAGUGAUUGGAGCAUGAGGAGGAAGGAAGUUGAGAAUUACAGAGGCAGUGAUUGGAGCAGAAGGAGGAAGGAAGUGCAGAAUUACAGAGGCAGUGAUUGGAGCAGAAGGAGGAAGGAAGUUGAGAAUUACAGAGGCAGUGAUUGGAGCAUGAGGAGGAAGGAAGUUGAGAAUUACAGAGGCAGUGAUUGGAGCAGAAGGAGGAAGGAAGUGCAGAAUUACAGAGGCAGUGAUUGGAGCAGAAGGAGGAAGGAAGUUGAGAAUUACAGAGGCAGUGAUUGGAGCAGAAGGAGGAAGGAAGUUGAGAAUUACAGAGGCAGUGAUUGGAGCAGAAGGAGGAAGGAAGUUGAGAAUUACAGAGGCAGUAAUUGGAGCAGAAGGAGGAAGGAAGUUGAGAAUUACAGAGGCAGUGAUUGGAGCAGAAGGAGGAAGGAAGUUGAGAAUUACAGAGGCAGUGAUUGGAGCAGAAGGAGGAAGGAAGUGCAGAAUUACAGAGGCAGUGAUUGGAGCAGGGUUAGGGCACACACACUGCACCGUUAAUGCCCCAGCGUGUCCCUAUUGUUACUCCUGCCCCUUUCACCCCAUUUGUUUCCC